AUGACGGGGGAGAGGGGAAAUCCCGGGGACAGGCGACCCAGCUGUUUGACCAAUCAGCUCUCGCCAGUCUCCGGCCAGCCCGGGAGACUCCCACCGGGCCAUGCUCGGAUCCGGAGACGCGCCCGUGAUACUGCCGACCAGCAACCGAACCGAACACCUCACCAUCUCGUCGCCGGCAGGAAAAUGACAUUACCCCUCAAACUAGUGUUUGUCACCGGGAAUGCGAACAAGUUACGAGAGGUCAAAAAGAUCCUGUGUGCCGACGUCUCAUCCGAAAAUUCCUUGAAGAUCGAAGUCGAAUCCAAGGCGCUCGACCUCCCUGAGGUCCAAGGAUCGACUCAGGACGUGGCAAGAGAAAAAUCUAAAGCAGCUGCAAAAUUGAUCGGUGGACCAUGUAUCACCGAGGAUACGGCAUUGUGCUUCAAGGCCAUGGACGGCUUGCCAGGUCCAUAUAUUAAAUGGUUUUUAGAAAAGCUAGGAUUGGAUGGACUGAAUAAGAUGCUCCAGGGGUUCGCGAGCACUGAAGCCACAGCCUUGUGUACAUUUGCGUACUGUGAACCAGGAAAAGAGCCUAUUCUAUUCGAAGGAGCUACCGAAGGGAACAUCGUACCCGCUCGAGGGCUGGCAAAUUUCGGUUGGGACCCGAUCUUCGAGGUGACUGGAACUGGAAUGACAUACGCGGAAAUGUCGGCCGAACAGAAAAACAGCCUUUCCCAUCGUUCGAAAGCCUUGGACAAACUUCGCAAUCACUUCUCAAACUGA